UUACGCUUCUCUCGUGAGUUCUUUGCCCUGUUAAAGAGACGCUUAAAGGACGUUUAAACCCAACAGCUGUGCUACCUCAGUGUAAAUAAUGUCCCGCGGACACUCAAAUUCCUCGGGUGAGGAGUACAGAUCUAUUGUGCUUCGCUGUGCGGUCAUGUGUGGCUUAUCAGUAGGGAUGUAGUUACAAUGGUAUGUGAUUGGAUCACAAUGUUUUGGCGAGGGUUCAACAGCUGGAAGAUAGAGCAAUCAAUGUAGGAGUCAGCCCGCAGUCCUUUACUGCACUGCAGCCCAUUACUGGAUGCUGGCGAACACCGACACCGGCUCGGAAGAAAGUUUGAGGAUGGGAGGAUUUCAAUCCCAGAACCUGCCCAAGGGAGAGGCGAAAGCCAUAAGACAGAAGCCAAACGUCUCGGACUCGGAAGGGAAUUUCGAUACACCUGAUGAGAAUCCACCUGUUCGGGCCCCGUCGGAAAACACCCGGACUGCGGCGCGAUCGGAACGAGGGGGAGAACAGCCGUCAGGCGACGGCUCAGGUGUGCGAGCGGAAGAUAAGCAGUCGCCAGAAACGACCCAACCUCUGAGGAGUCUAACUCUCAAUGACCCGUUGUUGGAAUCGCACCAAAUUGGGGUCGCGCACAGCCUCAAGCCUCCGGCCCAAAUAGGAACCGGUACAAAUCGCAGCGUAGCGUCCGACAUUAACGUCGAAGUGAUCCAGGGUUCUAGCUCGGUACCAAACUCGUCGAUAGCUCAAGGGGCGGGAAAGAUAGGUCAAGAGUUUCUGCUGCGUUCAUUGGAAGUUGAUGCUACGUCAAAGAGCCAGGAGACUAGCGUAGAAGGCAGGGUUUCUGGGGAAAAUACCCCGGCAAUGGAGCCAACGCAGAGCACACCGAGCAACGCAAAGCAGAAGAAGGCGAGACCUCGGUCUUUAACGUCUCUGGGCGAAGCAGCCGAAGGGGUAGGAAUGGAAGAGGACUUAACCCCGGGGAUAAAGGGGUACAAUUUCAACCCCGAUGAUUUUGACGACAGCAAAGACCCCUUCGGUUUGGGAGGCUCCAAGCUUCAAAACUCGCCCCCCGCGAACAGACACGGUCCGGUGUCCGCGGGGACGGGUAGGGCGGAGGCGGGCGAGGGCAGCGAGCGGGCAGACCCCAGAGGUUUAGCGCUCAAACUGGAGUUCGAUUUCUCGGACGAUAAGGAAAACGCGGAGAACAGGAAACCGCAGCCCAAGAAGGCGGGGAGGAAGAACUCCGGCAAAUCGGCCGGGAAGAAACUCAAACCGGGAGCUUCGAAGGCGGGGGUCUCGGAGAGAAAGGAUGACACAUCCGUCAGCGCCAACAGUUUAGAGGACCCGCCCAGCACGAAUUCGUGCGAUGCCAAUCAAUGGGAUAAUCCCAAUUUCAACCCAUUCGGUGGGACGCCCAAGUUACAGAACUCCCCCACGCUCCCAAAGGCUUCCUAUAAUUUUGAGCCUGAUUCUUUCGAUGAUUCUAUCGACCCUUUCAAGCCUUCGAAGGUUUUAGUCAACGAGACCCAACCCACGGCUGCUCUGGAGGGUCAGUCCAAUGGCACGGACACGAACAGCUCCGUGUUGGCUGCUGAUGAUGAGAAGGCGAUGAAAUCAUCACCCAAGAAGGCCAGACCCCGUGUGAUAACGACUAUUGAACAAGUCAAGUUUCUCUGUUUCCUGAUGAACGCCUGCCGGGUGAAGAAAUACGAAAACCAAUCUCUGGUCUUGGACGUAUGCUCACAGGACGACGAAGCUCUUCAAAUCUCCCAAACCCCCGACACCGCACAGAGAGAACAACAUGCGACCGACGAGGAAAAACUGGCUUCGACAACAUCAGCCACCAACCAAAAACACGCACCGCCAGCCGUCAAGGGGGAAUCGGAGGAAGACUUAGAGUUUUUCGAAUGUUCGGCCCUCACAACCGCUGCGGAUAAGACGGAAUUUUCAUCCGCAUCCGAAUUUUCAGAUGCUGUCAAAUCGAAAGAGUUAGACCAUCAGGAACAUGGGACUUCAGUACCUCAAAUACCUUUCUCUGCCAUGGAACUGGGCAGUAGUGAGUCCACUCUGUCUUUUCAGGCGGUCCUGGGCGAAAUGGAUUGUUGCGGGAGGGAUGAACUCUGCAGGAUCGAGGCCGAUAAAACAGCUGUCCUGAGCCUAAUCCGAGAAGAGAUCGUGGAGAAGGAAAUGGAGGCGAACGAGUGGAAGCGAAAAUACGAAGGCAGCAGACAAGAAGUCAUCGAGAUGCGGAAAAUUGUUGCCGAAUACGAGAAAACGAUCGCACAGAUGAUAGAAGACGAACAGCACAACAAGAUGGCUUCUCAGACGUCCAUGCAACAGCUGAUCAUGGAGAAGGACCAGGCCUUGGCAGACCUUAACUCAGUCGAAAGAUCCCUCUCGGAUCUCUUCAGGAGAUACGAGAACAUGAAGGGGGUGUUGGAAGGAUUUAAGAAGAACGAAGAGGUACUGAAGAAAUGUGCUCAGGAUUAUCUGGCCAGGGUCAAACAGGAAGAGGCAAGAUAUCAGGCUCUCAAACUCCACGCGGAGGAAAAACUGGACAAGGCCAACGAGGAGAUUGCUCAAGUACGUGGUAAGGCCAGCGCAGAAGGUGCGGCCAUGCAAGCCAGUUUACGGAAGGAGCAAAUGAAAGUAGACUCGCUGGACAGGACGAUUCAGCAGAAGAACCAAGAGAUCGAAGAAUUGACCAAGAUCUGCGACGAGCUCAUCGCCAAACUGGGGAAAGUCAACUGAAGCCCGAAAAGGAAAACACACGCACACGCCCACACGCGCACGUUUGCUCGCUAAAGCUUUGUACCGACCUUCGUUACCCGGAAAAUUCCACCCCCGUGUACAAAGCACUGACCCUCCUAAAUGUCAACGCUCGCCCGGCUGCAAAGCACACGUCGCUCGUAGGUCUGUCUUGGUCCCCGUGUUCACUGCACAAAAAAAACGAAAUUGCCAAAACAUUUCCAAGGCUACAGGUCUCCCACCCCCC